AAGCAGGAGUUCAGGACUGUCCCUGUAUAGUCACUGACAGCGUGGACAAAAGACAAGGGGGGAAACUGAGGCACCUGGCUGGGCACUUUGAGGAUCUCCCAGCAUGUCACAAGCCCUUUUGUCCUAGAUUUGCUAAGAACAUCAUGGCGACGCUGCCCAAGCAUAAGCAACCAUCAGAACGGAGAACAUCCCGGCUAAUCUGGCUUCUCACAGCUCAUCUUGUGAGUUCCUACUUAAUGUUCAUAGAGGCUCAGAAGAUGCCCGAUUUUACAAUUGUCGUGACACCACGCUUUCCUACAGAAGGGCAGAAUGUCGAGAUGGUUCCUCAAAAGCCCACGAACGAGACCCAGUCCUGCUUGUGGUACCGAGGAGAAAACAUAACUUACAUUCAAAUUUUGCUGUAUUAUCCCAUGAACAACACCUUCGAACCCCAAAGGGGAUAUCAUUCCGGCCACGUGCCGUUGAAAGACUGUGUCCUUACCAUCAGAAAUGUUUCGUAUUUAGACAUGGGCCUCUACGGGAUAAUCAUGAAAUCCCCUACAAAAUCGCUAACGGGGGAAGCAUUCUUAUCGGUCACAAGAGAAGACGUGCCAACAAAGAAGAAGAAGAAAGCACUGGGCGCAGGAAUUAUUGCUGGUAUUUCUGCUGGGUGCCUCGUUGGGAUCUUGAUGGUCAUAGGGCUAGUGGCGUAUCAAACUAGAGGAACCACUUUUAGGAGUGCAACAACCACACAACAAGCAACCAGCUCACCAACCCAGGAUACAUCAGCGAAUAAGGAUGCAAACCAAACAACAGCAAGCAAUCAGAAUCCGGACGCAGAAGGAAAUAAAAUUUGAUGGGUAAAAACAAAACGCCCCAAACGGUUCGAAUUCAACCAGCACCGUGGAAUUUGCAGCUUUCCAUCCAAGAAUUCCAUCCAUCUGGGAAACCAAGGCCAUCUUAGCGCAUGCUUUAAGCAACAGCAUUUUACCCUUUAAAAUCCCAGGGGCAGCAAAAUAGCUUCCUGUGUCAUGAUGGAAUAAAGUCCUGACUGUACGACAA